UAGGAUACUACACAAGAUCAACACCAAUCAAGAUGGAUAAGAUCUACAGUCUUCUUGAAACACACCGACUGCAGUCGUACUAUAACAAGUUCCUAAAUUUUGGUGUCAAGGAUGAGAGAGAUUUAAUUGACGGUGUAAAUGGUGAAGACUUAAACACCAUGGGUUUUAGUCACAUUGAGAAGAAUCGCUUUGCAUCAUUGCAAGAAUAUGUUAGACGACUUCGUUCCCCACAGAACAAUCCCAAACUUGGCACACCUGUACAGAAAUCAAUGGAGGCCUUCCACCUCAAGUACACAUACCCCCAUUGUCCUGAGCCAAACUACAUCAGAGACAUGGACCCGGCCCAAAACACACUAGAGGACCUGAUGCUGAGGAUUUGUUACCAGGAGUGCGUGGGGAACACUAAAGGUGUGUGCCUCUACACAGUCGAUGGAAUGCCUUUAACAGACGAUCCUUUCUUCAAUACGUGGUCAUUGACAGAAAGGCACAUUGAAAAUGGGUCUGUGCUAUAUGCAAUAUUUACACCCAAGGAGAACUUGAAACAAGCCCCCAAAAUGCCAAAGCAUGAAAUGGUUGAUGGACGAUUUGGAGGAGAUACCCUUCGCUGCCACAUCAUGCUCAAGGGAGAUUAUGAGGUUAAGGUGGACUUGAAAUGUGAUACAAUCAAGGACUUGAGACUGAAGCUUGCCGGUGAGACUGGUAUCCCAGCACAUGUUCUCCAUUACAGAGGUGAAUCUGGCAGUGUUGGAGACACCUUGCAGAACUGUGGAGUCACUGUGGAGUCAACGGUGCAUUUUUCUUUGACCUCAUUCCCUGAAGAAAGUCAAGACUCCAUGUCGUUUUGCACAAAUGACAUCACACCCUCAGUACAACAAACUCCAAAAGGGCUGAGUGUGUUUUUCUCUACUCUCUAUGCCAUUAAAAUGCAUCAACAUUCUGGAGAAUUCUUUAGGAAAUUGAUUGCAUAUAUUAGAAAACUUAGUGGAUGCAACCCUUUGGCCCAAAGUUUGUUUCAGUUUCUGUAUAGAAAUGAGAUUGGAACCCGUGCUCAAAAGAUUGCGAUUGUAGAAGGAUUGUACAAUCUCUUCAGAGAACUAUUGCCAAGUCCUGAGAAACAAAGAGAUGGACACGUCGUUGAAGACUUUGAGGUCUUUGAAAGCGCAAACGUGUGUUGGGCCACUCUGCUAUCGGGAGCAGAGACAUGUACCCCAGAGCAUGAAAACUAUGCACCAAUGUGUCUGACUUCUCAACAAGGUCAGCGCUUUUCUGACCCAGUUCGUGUCCCAGGUAUACCAGAUGUUCUUGAAAGAGCAUAUGUUCUGCAGAAAAUCAAAGAUGGGGAAAAAAUUCCAAACUGCACUGAUAAAAACCUGCGAGAAACAUCCAUGAAGAGAGCAACUGAUGUCGAGAAAUUACUGCUCAGUUUACCUCCAUCUAUGAAAUCCUUUCCUGUCUGGAUCUCCUUUGAACAUGCGACGAGUCAUGGCUUUCAGAUAAGUGAUGUGGAGAAUUUUGGCAACAUGAUGGAAAAUGUAAAAAAGUACUCUUACCUGACGAUUACACCACCUUUGAUGCUGAAGGAAACAGGAUUGCAAGCCCCAAUGCUUGUGCUCCUGAAUGAAGCUAACCUUGGUGUUUAUGUCAGUAAUGACAAAUCAGGACCCCAGAAUGCAAGAAUCUUUAAUUGCAUGGCUGGCAAAAUCCAAACUGUAGAUCUGAACCUUUUGGCAAAUGAAAUGAGAGACACAAGAAGUGAUCAGAUGUUCAUAACUAGCAGGACCCCCAAGGAAGCUAUUCUGGUACUAAUAGAUACAAGUACCUCAAUGACGGAGCAAUGCUAUGAAGGAGUGACAAUGAAGAGAAUCGACGCAGUCAAAGAGCUCUUCCAUGCCUUUGCAACCAGAACCAUGGCUUAUAAUUUGCAUCAUGUCAUUGGCCUGAUGACAUUUGGCUCACUUGUUCAAAUGGUCCAUGCUUUUACAGAGACUCUUGAGACCUUUAUGGAAUAUGUACGCAGUGUCAAGACAGAAGGAUGUACUCGGCUCUAUGACGCCUUACAGAAUGCCAUAACUGAGCUAGAUAAAGUCAAGAAGCAAUUCCCUGAUUGUAAACUUCGCAUCAUAUGUCUCACAGACGGGAAUGAUGUGGGUUCAGGUACCGAUCCACGUGGUCUUGUAACCAAUUUGAUGAGCUCUGGCAUCGUUGUGGAUGCCGUUCUGGUGGGAGAUGUGUUGAACGAUGUGCUACAUGGGAUCAGCUAUGCAACAGGUGGCUAUUGUUUCAAGCCAAUGACAUGCAAAGACGGUCUGAAGCUCUUUGAAAUGGAAACGGUUCUGUCCAUGGAAUUGAGGAAGCCGAAAGAAGAAACUGACCCCUCUGUCCUUACAAGCGUGAGGGCGAUAAAAGCUCUCGUAGCCAGUAAAGACUAUGAUGAAUCACCUGAAAAUGUUCUGCCAUUGGAACUAGGCAAUAAAGUGACCGUGGCAAAGAAUGCACUGAAAAAGAAUUCAAAAACCAGAUGCCAUCUGGAGAAGGACCGACGGAUUCUGGCAGAGCUGAGAAGCCUGCACUGUGACCCACACCCUUUCUGCACCAUCUAUCCCACAGAGUCAGACAUGACUUUCUGGAAAAUCCUCAUGCAAGGCCCCCCUGACACAUCAUACGAGAACGGAGUGUUCGAGCUGUACUGCCAGUUUGGUGACGACUACCCAGUCAAACCGCCACUGAUGCGAUUUGUCACACCUGUGUACCACUGUAACGUCAACAGCGUGGGCCGUAUCUGCCACAAUAUAUUUGACCGCAACUACUCUGCUCAUAUCACCAUGAGAGAGAUCCUGGAUGCUGUCUAUGGACUGCUCAUCUUGCCCGAGCCUGAGGAUCCUCUGGAUAGCAUCUUGGCUGAGGAGUUCAUGACCAGUAGAGAGACAUAUGAACAAGAGGCCAAGAAAAACACAGAAGAAGAAGCAGGAACCUCUUUGAAUGACAUGGAACAGAAACUGGUGGGUUCAGAGGUCACAGAGGACUUUGUGCCACCACACCUGAUUUGUAUACUGACCAAAAAGAUGUUUGUCGAUCCCGUGAUGACCAUUUAUGGAACUGUCUACGAACGCAAAGCCAUUGAGAAACAUCUGAAGACGGAAAGCACAGAUCCUGUCAAGAAGGAACCCCUGCAUGAAACUCAGCUGAAGCCCUACCCAGACAUGCGCAAGAUGGUGCGGGACUUCCGCAGUCAGCAGAUUCAGUGAACAAUGAGGUGUAAUGAAGCAAACCCAUACAUUUAGGUGACUGGUAUCCUGCCCCAUUUAAGUGACAUAUGUGCAUUAUUUAUACGCUAUUGAUAUAUCAAUGUUUUUUAACUUGAGUUUUUUCUUUUCCAAUAAGAUGAUUAUAUUCUUGUCAGUAAAUGCUCUGGUUCAUCAGUAAAACAUGUCACUGUUGGGAAUGUGUUUUGUAAUAGAGGGUGAAUUUAAGUAGCAGGUUGAUUUUUAUCAAAAUAAUUGUGUUGUGUUCAAUUGCCUAGACUAGCUCAGUUUCCGUUUUGAGAAUCAAGCAGUUACGUAAGUUAAAAAGUAAAGAGGUCUGUCCUUAAACCACUGAUCAGUUAACAACGAUAAAAGAUAAUACAAAUUAAAAAUAAACAUUUUAUUUAAAGGCGCCUUUCUCGGCACUCAAGGACACCAUACAGGAUACAAAAUACAUUUAAAAACAGCAAAAAUAAAGAAUACAACAACAUUAAAAACAACAGAAGGCAGAGUAAUUGACAUUAAAUGGAAUAUGCAUUUUUAAACAGAUGGGUUUUGAGUUCCGAUUUGAAAUGGGGGAAUGAAUCAUGAAUGAGUUUGGGGUGGUAGUGAAUUCCAGAGACGGGGAGAAGAGCGGCUGAAUGCUCUUCUCCCCAUGGUGGUGAGGCGGGCAGAAGGUACAGACAGGUGUAUGGAGGAAGAGGAUCGGAGGGAGCGGGAGGUAGUGGGACCCUGGAGGAGAUCAGACAAAUACGGGGGGGCGAGGUUGUGGAUGGCCUUGAAUGUGAACAGGAGGAUCUUGAAUUGUAUACGGAACUGGACCAGGAGCCAGUGGAGCUGUUGAAUGAUUACUGAAUGAUAAUGAUUACUUUAUUACUUCUAUACUUUUUGAAAUGUUCUAAAUAAACAAUGUUUGAUCUAUACCUUGCAAUAGUAAGCUCAUGAGCACAUAACCCUUGGUUAUGUCCAGAAGACAAAUAUGCCUAUCUAUUAAUUAUGUUUCUUGUAUCUUUGAUAAACUGUCAUUAUGCUGUUUUCUUAUGCCUGCAUAGCCAUAAGUUAGGUCUUUGAAAGAUGACUAGGAAAGGCCUGUGUCACUAAUGUAGGUCAGAGGUCACAAUAUCUCCAAGUGUAUAAUGCCAUGCAACUUUGAAUGAGGAAAAUAGAAGGAGUGACAAGGCCAUUUCUAGAAGCCCUAUCUAGAGACCUAAACAAAAGCUAUCUAGCACACAUUGUUCUUUCUCUGUGCCUGCAAAGGCUAUGCUAAUCAUUGUGUAUCCUCCCAUAUUGUGAUACCAAUUACUCCCUUGAUUUUCUGUAUUCAUUGUCCAGUCUUCUGUGAUACUCAACUUGAGUGUAACGGACACUGCACCUCACAUCUGUGUAAUAAAUACAUUGAUUUUGUCUUGAA